AGGUCAGUGGUUCAAUGCGUAUGUAAAAAGUGAAACAUGGCAAGUGACGCAACUAACCCCGACAGUUUGGAGGAUGAUGAAGCUGAAAAUUCUAGCUCGCUUUUGAACGUGCAUGCUGUUCCAUUCAUCCCAAAUGUGAAUGCUCCUGAAUUUGUGCCUUCUAGUGUCAACCAUCAGCAUCCAGUUGAGUCAUCUGCUGAAACGGCAGUUGCCACUACAAAUGCUGAUCAGAUACAUCCAGAGAAAGAAGUACCCCUCCAGGAAACCAAACCACCUGACAAGCAAGAUGAGGGAGGUGGGGAGCCAGCAGACUCUUGGGAAGAUAAAGUUAAUGAUGAAUCUGAGGAAGACUAUGAUGAGGGUGGGGAUGAAGAUGAAGAUGAGGAUGAAGACAUUAGUGAAGGGGAUGUGGUCACUGUCAAACCCAAGAAAGUCAAGAAACCUCCAAAGAAAGAGACUGCAAGCAAGAAGGAGCAUGUGAAUGUGGUAUUCAUUGGCCAUGUUGAUGCUGGCAAGUCAACAAUUGGAGGGCAAAUCAUGUAUUUGACUGGGAUGGUUGACAAGCGAACACUGGAAAAGUAUGAGAGGGAGGCCCGUGAAAAGAAUCGAGAGUCAUGGUAUCUGUCAUGGGCUCUUGACACGAACUUGGAGGAGCGUGAGAAAGGGAAAACUGUUGAAGUUGGCCGUGCCUAUUUUGAGACAGACAAAAAGCAUUUCACAAUUCUUGAUGCCCCUGGUCACAAGAGCUUUGUUCCAAACAUGAUUGGUGGUGCCGCUCAAGCAGAUCUGGCUGUUCUGGUAAUCUCAGCAAGGAAAGGAGAGUUUGAAACUGGAUUUGAAAAAGGUGGUCAGACUCGAGAACAUGCCAUGUUGGCCAAGACAGCUGGGGUGAGACAUUUGGUCAUCCUUGUGAACAAGAUGGAUGAUCAGACUGUUGAAUGGUCUGAAGAAAGAUUCAAUGAAUGCAAGGAGAAGCUUAUCCCAUAUCUGAAAAAAUGUGGAUUCAAUCCCAAGACUGAUAUGGGAUUCAUCCCAUGUUCAGGACUUACUGGGGCCUUCCUCAAAGAACCUCCAGAUGAGAGCAUCUGCUCCUGGUUUAGAGGGCCCUGCUUCAUCCCUUAUAUUGAAAGCCUGCCUUCACUCACUAGAAAUGUGGAUGGGCCAUUUCUGCUUCCUGUGGUAGACAAAUUUAAGGAGAUGGGCACAAUUGUACUUGGAAAGGUCGAGAGUGGCUCUUGCACCAAGGGACAAAGCCUUCUUCUCAUGCCUAAUCGAACAUCAGUGAUAGUGGAUCAGCUGUGGUCUGAUGAUGAUGAAGUCACCCAGGUAUCCAGUGGUGAAAAUGUUAAGAUCAAAUUGAAAGGUAUUGAAGAAGAUGAUGUGUCCUCUGGAUUUGUUCUCUGUGAGCCAAGCAACCCUUGCACUUCUGCCAAGCUCUUUGAUGCACAGGUGGUUAUUUUGGAGCACAAGAGCAUCAUAUGUGCUGGGUAUUCAGCUGUUUGCCACAUCCAUGCCAUUGCUGAAGAGGUUACAGUCAAGGCCUUGCUGUGCCUCAUUGACAAGAAAACGGGCGAAAAAUCCAAGACAAGGCCAAGAUUUGUGAAACAGGAUCAGAUAGCAAUCAUGCGUCUUGAGACAGCUGGAAUCAUCUGCGUUGAGACAUUCAAGAGUGUACCUCAGCUAGGACGCUUCACUCUUAGAGACGAAGGGAAAACGAUAGCAAUUGGGAAGGUUCUGAAAGUGAUUGAGUAAAGCAGGAAAUCUUCCCACAAGAAAUUGUUAGCCAAUGCUUUGCAUGUUGGGAAGAUGGACCAAAGCACACCGACAAGACCGAAGCCAGUCGUGAAAGAUACGUUCCUUCUGCCUUUUUUUUUUUUUUCUUGCUCCAUCCUUCUAUUUCCUACUCCCAUUUUCCUCCUGAUCUUCCCUGUCCAGUGAAAAUGUCUUCUUUUGGUGCUCGAACUGUAUCCCUCUCUUUCCCUGUUUCUUCCUCUUCUGCAGCCGUGAUAAACGAUGCUAUAUUUUGUUAUUUUUAUGUACUGUAAAAAAAAAUCUGUCAUCGACAAUGAAGUCAGGAGUGAGCAAGGUCCAUUUUUUUGAGUCGAACUGGAGAAGGUUUCUCUUCUCUUGUGAGUUCUCUCAAGAAAGUUUUGGGUUGGGAG